AUGAUAAUUGAGAUGAAACCUGUGACAAAUAAAAAAGGCGAACUUCAGAAACAGAACAAACUAACUAAGGAAAUUCUUGAUGAUCUUAGCUGGUUUGUAUUUAUAAUUAUUAUUAUACCAACAGUUUUUUUUUAAUUUGAAUUAACACCACACUAAUACCUAUGUUCUUUAAUUUUUAGUCGAUUUAUUAUAAAUGUUCCUGAAGAAGAACGACAAAAUUUGAUUCGGAUAUGUUUUCAAAUAGAACUGGCCCAUUGGUUUUACAUCGAUUUUUAUUGUGAUGAACAUAAUUUAAAACCAUAUGGAAUUAACCAAUUUGCUUUGCGUAUGUUUAGGGUAAUUAUUAUUUUUUCUUAAUUAUCAUAUUCUUAUGUAAUAAUAAUAAUAAUUUGAUUGUUAUUUUAUUUAAAAGAAUUUUAUGUUUAUAAUUCAAAAUAAAUUUGUUUUUAUGAACAUUAGGUACCUAUUACAAUAAAUACAAAUACAAAUGAAUAGGGUUUUUAAUAAAUUAUUAAAUAAUUUAUUGUUAAGUAUUCUAAUUUACUUUUACAUUAUUCUAGCAGAUUUAAAAAAAAACCAUUUUAACUAUUUUUCUCUAUAGUUCAAAGCGAUUUUUAUCCUAUAAAAGCAUAUAAUAUUAUGUUGAAUAUUAACUGUUGAGUAUUAUUCAUGUAAAUUAUGUAUUUUUUUUUUGACAUGAAAUCUCCUUUACUAAGCACCUCUUUAUUUCCAUUUUUUUUUCUUGAAAAGGAGUGUUUUAAUAUGAUUUUUUUUAAAGGUGUUGUAAAAAAUUGUUUGGUUCAAAAGAUUUAGCAAUUUGAAGUGUGUUGGUUUUACGGUGUUUCUUAAAUAGGUAUUUUCACACAACUACUCUGCAUUUGACUAUGGUGCAAUGGAUAAUGCAAUAUGCAUAGGAACUGAGAUGUAGAGUCUAAUACCUACAAAUCAAAGUUUGUCACAUCAUAAAGAAAAAAACAAAUGUAUUUUAGAUGUAUCUAGAGACCCAACAGUCAUUUAAUUACUUUGCUUACUCAAACUAAUAAAAUAUACCUUGGUUUUUUGUGCAAAAUCACAUCAAGUAGAUAACCUAAAAAUAAACUUUAAAAAACAAAAAAUUAAUUUGAGAAAUUUAAAUGUUAACAGCAUAUAUAUACCAAAAUGGAGUUUAAUCUAACAAAAAAAAUGUGCAAACGUGUAUUUGGACAUUUAGGUACAGAUAGGUAUUGAACACGAUACUAUAGAUUCUACAUGAGACGUAUUAUUCAUUGCCCCACAGUUCGUUUUAUGAAAAUAGUUAUUGAAAAGAAAACAUGUUUUUACCAACUUCAAUGAUACUGUAUACCUUUUUUUUUUUUUAAUACACUAAAUUAAAAUUAUUUAUAAAUUUUGUGAAUUAUACAAAAUUAAAUAAUACCUAUAUAUUAUAUACUUUUUUAAUGAAUGUACAUAUCUAAUAAUAUUUAACUUGUCUAUGUAUGUAUGUAUGUACUAGUAAAUUUGUUUUAUCUUUUUUUAUAAAGUCAUUAAUUAAAAUUAAAUAAAAUAAAAAUAAACUUACUAGUACAAACAUAUAUAGAUACCUAUUAUAUUUAUAUUAAAAUGUACUUUUUAAUUCUCCAGUAAAAUAUUAAAUAUAGUGAUUAUUUGUAUGUCUGGCAUUAAACUAUUUAUUUUCACAACCUGCCCUCCGAUUGGUCCUAAUAUCAAUAGGAUGGAAUUUAUUAUAUUUUAUUACUGAUUUCAGAAUAAUAUAAUUUCUCACAUUGUUUAAUGGUUAAAGAAUUUGCCAUUAAUUUAAAAAAUAUUAAGAAAUCAAUGUAAUAAAUAAAAAAUAAUAGCUAGUUAAUAAAUUAAUACAAUAGUAAAAAUGUAAAUACACUGUUUGGAUUUUAAAUUAGGGAUUAUGCUAACAUAAAUAAAGUGGGGUCAGUCUACACAUUGAUUACAACAAAUAGAUUUAUUUGCAGCAUCUUUAGUAUAAUACAGAACAAAUUUAAGUAGGUGUAUAAUUUCCAUUUGAAUAACUUACUGAAUAGCAAGCUGAAUUUAUUUAGUUAAAUAACACAUUCAUAAAAUGCUAUUGUCUUAUGUUUAUCUUCAUUUGAAAUUCUUUUCAUGUAAAAAUUUAUAUUUUUACACAGCAGAUUUAGCAAUAGAAUAAUCUAUAAACCUACAUUGUAUCUCAUAUUGCCUAGGGACAACUUAACUCCACAAUUGUUAUUUUAAAUUUUAAUUAAAUUGCAGAAAAAGUAUCCCAGAUAAAAUUAGAAUUAUAAUAUUUGAAAUUUACCAGCCAAAAUAUCAAUAUUUUAUCAAGAAAUAGGUAAUAAAAUAAAUUGAUAGAUAUUAAGGACUAUUUUUGACUUAAAAAUAGUUUAACUAAACUGGGAUUUCAAGCAUUUUAAAAUUAAAAUAACUCAAAUUUACUGUACUGUUAAAUAAUUUAUCAAUAAUUCAACUAAUCAGAGAAUAGGCAAUAACAACUGCUAAUAUUAAAUCUGUAACAAAAACAAUAUAACUGAUAUACCCAAUCAUACAAAAUUAGAUGUAUGAGAUUUGAAGAUAAUAUGUUGAGUAUUAAGCAACUGUUUGAAUGUAUUAAUACAUCAAAUUUCACAUUAAAUUAUUUUAUGAUAUUUAUUAAAUGAUUAACUAUAAUCUAUCCAUGGGAGAAUGGUAGCAUGUCAACCAAAAUCUGUCACAACCAUGCAUCCCCAUGCCAUGUCAUGUCUGGUCAUAUGGAGGAGAAAACAACGGUUUGGUAAACUGUAAAUUGAUCAGAGCUCAGUAUGUAUGUACAUAAACAGCUUUUUCUCUCAUGGGACGGACAGACUAUCGCUACUAUAAUAUUUAAUCUAAUGAACUUAUUCAAUAAAAUAUGAUAAUAAGUAAUAAAAAAGUUAAAUUAGGUACGCAACAAAUUUUUAACUAUAAUAACUUAAUAAAUGUCUGAAUACCUAUAUUAAUAAAACAAACAGUACUUGGUUAUACCAAUUUAAUAACUUUAAGAAAAAUAAAUCUGGAAACCUUAUAAAGUAAUACAUUUAUAUAAUGAAUGAAUCAACUGUAUGAAAACUUAUUACUAUUUUUUGAAUGAUAAUUGAAAAAAUGAAAUAUUGGCUUGAGCUAAGCUAUCUUAUUUAUGAAAACAAAUAAUAAUCAAAUGUAUUUGGUUUGUAGUUAGUACCAAAUACAUACAAUUGUUAUUUAAACAUAUAAAUGUAUAUUGUAAUAAUGGUUAAAAAGUAAUUUUGAAGAGUAAUCUAGUUAAUAUUUAAUUAUCAACAAGUGAGUCUAAAAUAAAACUUAUCAAUGUUUGUUUGCAGCACAUACCAUUUUUGAGAAGUCGAGAAUCACAGGUUUUGGAUGUGCUUAAAGAAUGGCGUGAUUAUAAAAGAUCAGUACCAACAUAUGGUGCUAUUUUAUUGAAUAAAGAUAUGACACAAGUUUUAUUGGUCCAAAGUUAUUGGACCAAAACAUCUUGGGGAUUCCCAAAAGGAAAAGUCAAUCAAGAUGAGGAUCCAUUGCAUUGUGCAGUUAGAGAAGUAAAAAAUACUUUUGCAUAUUAUAAAAAUUUUAUAUUUAGUUAAUCUAUAGAUUUAUAGAUUAUAUAUUUUAUUAUUUAACUUAUAUUGUUAUUUGUACAACUGAAUAGGUUUAUGAAGAAAUUGGCUUUGAUAUAAGUAGCAUCAUUAAUAAAGAUGAUUACAUUGAAACAGUGUUAAAUGAUCAGAUCAACAGACUGUACAUUGUACCAGGAAUUAGUAUGGAAACAAAAUUUUCUCCCCAAACUAGAAAUGAGAUAAGAUCAAUUGAGUGGUUUGCAUUAGAUAAACUGCCGUCUAAUAGAAAAGAUCAUAUUGCUGCUAAGAGUCAAAAUCAGAAACAUUCCUUUUAUAUGGUGUUGCCUUUCAUCAGGUAAAAAUUAUAUAUAUAUAUGUGUGUAUAUAUGUAUACUUCUGAAAAUAUUAGUUUAUUUUAAUCACAGAUAUAUAACAACUAGAUGGCUGACUGCUAUGAUAAUAAUAAUUAUUAGCGGAAAUAAAAUUCCAAUUACAGUUUUAUACAAUGAAAAUGUAUAGCUAUAACAUAUGUAUAAUAAAUUACAAUAAUUCACAAAUCAAAAAAAAAGUAAUUAAGAAAGAAAGUAUAGUUUAUACAUAUAAAAUUAUGUCUCCAACAAAAUGGCCACCAAUCAUUAUUUAAGAAGUGAAUGUUUACAAAUUAUGAUACAAACUGAUAUGAUAAGUGAUCAUAUAAAAUACUAUUUAGAACUUUACUGUACAGUGUACAAUGUAUGUAAUAUUUAAAUAUUAUGACAUCAUUCUUUAUUGAUACUAUAAAACAUAAACAUUCAUCUUUGAAAUAAGGAUGGUGGCCAUUUUGUUGACAACAAUAAUACCAAAAUUGUUUACUAGUUGUUUUAUAUACUUGUGAUUUUAAUAGUGAAUUACUUAAUCAAUAUAACAUACAAAUUCUGACUAAUUACUAUUAAUAUUUUUUCUCUCAAUAGACAAUUAAAAGGCUGGGUGUCUAAAAGAAAGAUAAAAGGAAAACAAAAUGGCAAGUCUACUAGACAGCUUUCAAAGAAUUCUAGACUGUCUUCUAAGAAUUCUAAAUUGUUGUCCACUGUAAAUUCAAAAUUAUCUUCAUCCAAAAAUCUCAUACAGAAUUCUGAAAACCUUAAAUCACUGCCCAAAAGUCAUAAAUCAAUGCCUGUGAACCCUUCACCCAAAUCUAUAGAUUUAAUUGAUCCUGCUAUUAUUUUUACACCAGAACAAAAGAAAGAUAACUCAAUUACUUUAGUAAGUAGUUUUAAAAUCAAUUAUUUUACAAAUAGCAAUUUAUUAAGUACUUAUAUUGUCUGUAGACGUAUCAGACGCAAGAAUUUUUUGCUAUGUUUCCUGAACGUUACAGUUCACCAAAGACUUCAGUCACAACAUCCCAUCAUAGUACCUCCCCAUCACAGCAACCUGCCCUGCAAUCAUCAUCAGUUGAACCAAAUGCUAUUUCGGUUAGUGUGUACUUAUAUUGAAUUUUUACAUUAAAAAUAACCUAUUUGAAUUUAUUAAAAUUAGGAAGCCAAACUUAAAGAAUUCUUUGCUAUGUUCCCUCAAUGUUUGGAAGUCUCCAAAAUGCCAGGUGCGCAAAAGGAUACUGUACCCACUGUUAAGGCUACUGAAAAUAAAAGCAAAAUCAAGAAAACAAGCCCCUGGCCAGAAUUCAAAUUCAACACAGCAGAAAUAUUGAAAUAUUUUUAA